UGCACUGUGGUAUUUCCGACAGACGAGCGCAGUUUCCAGCAGCGAGGACUCUUUCGUUCUGAAACCUCCGCAACAAUUGAAUAGAAGGAAGCGCUGCUCGCUGACUCUUUCCUCCCCACAAACACUCACUUCCCUUCAGCUCUUCUGUUCUGCUCAUCUGAAGCUGGAGGACGCACAGAAACAUGGACGCCUCGAUUCUGCUCCUUUUUACACUUGUGAGAUUCAGUUGUGUGUCCGGUUUCCUCAUCAUGUUGACUCCACGGAGGUUGUGUCUGUCAACCCAAAAUCAACUCGUCAUCCUGGGACGCUGUGAUGUCAGUAACCCCGCUCAGCAGUGGGCGUGGUUGGGCGGAGCCAGGUUGAUCCACAAUCAGUCCUCCAGGUGUCUGUGGGCCGAUCCCAGCCCCCACCUGCCAUUCCACACCCGCCUUGCACAUCUCAGCCACUGCAGCAGAGCGCCGGCGUGGAGCUGCUACAACGAGCAGGGAGCGCUUGGAUUGGCUGACACGCAGCUGUACCUGAAGAAACUGGGAGAGCGGGUGGUGAUUGGAGGAAACCUGCAGACCUCAGAGUGGAGGAAGUAUGACGUCAACUCAGGAGGGAACCAGCUGAUGACGUCAUUAUGCCCAGGAUCAGACACAACUCACGUUUCCACCUUCUUUUAUUCAUCCACUCAUAAACCACUGGGAGUCUCCAGCACCGUCUACACCCUCAGAAGUCCCGCUAUGACUGUCACCAAUGAACAAUUAUCAAAUACAGUAAAAACCCACCGGACCACCAGACAAGUCACCACCUCAAAGAUCCACCACUCAAUAACUAACGGAGCCUCAACGUAUGUGAAUGACAUCACCAAACCUCAAACCAGGAGGUCAGAGACAACAGACUUCAGUCCUGAUGUUUCAGUCACAGAGCUGUCAGCUUUAAACGGCAGUCAUAUUACCUCCUCGAGUCCGGCUGUGUCCACAACUGACAGAUUCACUGACAUUUCAGAGACUUCGUCAGUUAAAAAUAUCCCUCAGCUCAGGACUGAAGCUGAGACGACAACAGCAGACCAAGAAGUUUCCAACGCAUCCCCCUUCUCGAUUGGAAACGACCCUGAAUCCACAGCCGUGAUUCUGGUUUCCUCCACGCCUUCCUUAGAACCAAAGAUGAGUGACAGGACUGAUCCCCUGGUCCUGUCUGAAGUCCCAUUUGAGGUAACAUCUGAGGUAACUUCUAAGGUCCCAUCUGAGGUAACGUCUACAAUCUAUACAACACAUUCAACUACGGAUGAGCAGAUACUACACAAUCAGACCUACCUUCCACCUGCAUCCACUACAACUACACCUCCUCCUACAACUUCUCAUGGGACUUCAACAGCAGAUAUGACAUUUCAAUCCAUCAUGGAGACAGAUCCACCAUCGACCCCUCAAGUCCUGCCUACGAUUUCCCAAAUUUCAACCACAGUUGCCUCGACGAUGCCGGUGUCUACAGUUCAUUCAGAAACCUCAGCCAGUGGCAUGACUAAAGGUUCUCCACCAACAUCUCCAACAGCUGGGGUGGUGUCUACAGGAAGUAUCACCAACUCAACUUCAACGGUCCCACCUACAAGUCCAACAAUAACUCCUGUAACCACAACCAAACCCACAACCACCCCUGUAACCACGACCGCAUCCAUUACAACCAUAGCAACCACUGCAGUCAUCUUAACCAUCCCCCCUCCAACCACGACCAUGACAUCAACCAUCAGAACCACUCCAACCACCAUCACAACCAGUACAUCACCACCUGCAACUACAACAACAACCAGAGCAACCACAGCUCCUCCACCGACUAUGACUACACCUCAAAUCACGACUUCAGGAUUAACCACCACGAUACCUACCCAGUGGGUCCGGCUCUUCUGGAUGUUGAGCUGGACCAAGUUCAGACUCAGAACCAGUCUGUGGUCCACAGCGGGUUUUCAGGUCUGCGGGUGUCCUGGUCUCGUUCUGCCGGUCACGUGGACUGGUACGAUGUGACUCUGGAGGACAGCAGCUCCGGGUCCACCCGCAGAACCAGAAUAAUGGGCUCUGCAGCCCCCCAGUCUGGCUUCAGCUCCCUGGUCCCGGGAACCCGGUACAACAUCAGCGUGUUGGCUACAGCUGGGAACCAGACCGCUCCACCUGUCCACACCUCAGCUGCUACAGCUCCGUCGUCUGUCCGCGGCCUCCAAGUGGCGCCCUCAGCCUCGCGUAGCCUUAACGUUUCCUGGCAGGUCGCUCCAGGCAGGAUCGAACGCUUCAGGGUUCUGCUGGCAGACCAGGAUGGGGUUCUGCUGAAGAACGUCACUCUACAAAACACUGUGACCUCCGUUCAGCUGGAUAGCCUGCGGCCCGGAACCCCGUACACCGUCACUGUGGUAACAGAGGCUGUCGGCCUGCAGAGCUCCACCUCCAAACAGGCGGUCACAGUCCCAGCAGUCGUAUCAGAUCUGAGGCUGGACCACAACGGCAGCUCAGACCGCCUGCAGGCCUCCUGGGUGUCCCCUAAAGGGGGUGUGGAUUUUUACUCCAUUACCCUGAUGGCUCUGGGGUUGACCCUGCAGGAGCGCCGCCUGCCUCCCAACAUCACCCAUGUGGUCUUCGAGGGUCUGACCCCCGGUCGCAGCUACCAACUGAGUGUCAGGACCACAUCUGGAGGGCAGAGCUCAGAGACCAGGACCAGCGGACAGACAGUCCCUGAGCGGGUGUCGGAUCUUGUCAUGUUGCCGCUCAGCAAUGGCAGGACACUGAGGGUGAGCUGGUCGCCCCCUAGAGGCCAGUGGGAGAACUACAGCAUCCUGCUGAGGAACAGUUCUACGGUUCUGGUAAACCAGACCAUCAGUAAAGUGAGCAGACAGCACACGUUCUCCAUCCAAAGCCUUGGGCUGGUGCCAGGACGACUCUACGAGGCAGAGGUCACUGUUCACAGCAGCAUUCUGGGUAACACAGCGCACUGCCACGGACGACUGGCACCUCGUCCCGUGCAGCAGAUGGUUGUCCGUCACACUGAUGAAACCACUCUGAGCGUCGUGUGGAAUCGACCUGUCGGCGAAUGGGACGGCUUCACUGUGGUCCUUGGACAGGCGGACCCUGCCACCAUCGUGGCUCAGAGGACCCUCUCCUGGGAUGCCAGAGAGUGCACCUUCAACAUUCUCACCCCAGGACGCCUGUACAGCGUCAUGGUGAUGACCACCAGCGGCAACCUGACCAGCUCCACCUCUGUGACUGCACGGACCGCUCCGGCUCCAGUCACCAGGCUGCAGGUCUCUAACGGGGCCAGCACCGACAGUCUACAGGCACGGUGGGAAAGAGCCUCCGGAGAUCUGGACUCUUACCGAGUCCUGCUGGUCCAUGAUAGCAGCGUCAUUAAGAACCAGAGCGUGGAGGCUGACACCACCAGCAUCAGCUUUCUCGCCCUGAGACCCGGAGCUCUGUAUCGGGUGGUGGUGACCACUGUCAGAGCCGGACAGAUCUCCAGACAGACUGUCUCAGAGGGACGCACUGUCCCGGCCGCAGUGGGGGAGGUGACGGUCAGUAACAACGGUCGGAUGGACUUCCUCAGCGUGUCAUGGCGUCCGGCUCCAGGUGAGGUGGACAGCUACCUGGUGACCCUGAGUGACCGCGACAAGACGCUCCACACAGUCUCUGUUUCUAAAUCCAGCCCAGAGUGCGUCUUUAACUCUCUGGUGUCCGGACGUCUCUACAACAUCUCCAUCACGUCCCGCAGCGGCAUCCACCAGAACCACACCUUCGUCCAGGAGAGAACACAGCCGUCAAAAGUUCAGAACCCGACAGCAACUCACGCUGCCCGGGACGACUACCUGAAGGUGUACUGGCGUCAUGCCGCCGGAGACUUCGACUUUUACCAGGUGUUCAUCAAACACAACAACGUAUUCCUGCAGAACAAGACAGUUCUGAAGACACAGAACGAGUGCGUGUUCAACGGCCUGGUGCCUGGCAGACUCUACACGGUGCUGGUCAGCACCUGGAGCGGGAAAUACGAAACCAGCUCAUCAACCCACGGCAGGACCUUGCCGGCGGCAGUUCGGUCCCUGGUUCUGGCUAGUCGGGGUACCGAGGAUCUGCGGGUGACGUGGUUGGUGGCUCCUGGUGACGUGGAUCACUACGAGGUGCAGCUGCUGUUCAACGACAUGAAGGUGUUUCCUCCCGUCACUCUGGGCAGUGGUGUGGGAGAGUGCGUCCUGACAUCGCUCACACCUGGACGGCUUUAUAAGAUCCUGGUGUCCACCUUCAGCGGGCCCAACCAGAAGGCCCAGUUCAUAGAGGGCCGAACAGUUCCCAGUAAAGUGAAGAACAUCCACGUCAGUAACAGUGGAGACAGCAGCAGUCUGAAGGUGAGCUGGACUCCCAGUCAGGGCGAUGUGGACGGAUACUCGGUGUUCCUGUACAGAGAGAGUAGACAGCUGGACGUCCGGCCUGUCCUCAAACACCACAAUGAGGUGACUUUUGGCUCCCUGCAGCCCGGACAGACGUACAGCGUGACGGUUCAGUCUGUCAGCGGAGAGCUGCUGAACAACAACACGGCCACCGGACGCACAGUGCCCUCUGUAGUGACGGGUCUCCAGGUGGAAGACCUCCACUCCACCUGCAGCUUACAGGUGAGCUGGCAGGGCGCUCUGGGUGUGUCUGAUGGAUACGUUUUGCAGCUUCUGGAUGACAGAGGCAGCCUGGUGACAAACUCCUCUCAGCCCUCCGGACGCACCAGGUACCGGUUCGACGGCCUCACCCCGGGAAAGAAGUACAGGGUCCUGGUCGAGACUACCAGUGGGGGGGUCCACAGCCUGGCCAUCAGCACUGAGGCUCGGACAAGUCCCGCCGCAGUCACCAAUCUGUCAGUCAAAGCCAACACCACCACCAGUUUGUCCUUCCACUGGUCUCCACCGGACGGAGACUUUGAGCUUUACGAGAUCUUCUUUUAUAAAAGUGACGACUCGCUGCAGGAGAGACGGCGAGGCCAGUCCAGCAGUCAGCAGUGCUCCUUCCAGGGUCUCAGACCUGGGGCUCCAUACAGGAUGGUGGUGGUGACCCACAGCGGGGAGCAGAGCAACCAGUCCUCCAUCUGGGCCAGGACAGUCCCAGCAGCUGUGGUGGGUCUGAUGGCUCACAGUGCAAACAGGUCUGACACCCUGAGGGUCACCUGGAGUCGGGGCGGCGGUGAUCUGAGUGGGUACCUGCUGACUCUCUACAAACCUGACAGUGCCCUGUGGGCCGAGCGGCAGCUGGGGUCGGCUGUCACCGAGUUUGUGUUCUCAGGCCUGGUGCCGGGUCGACUGUACCGAGCCGAGGUUCUGAGUCUGAGCGGAGAUCUGAGCAACGGAGCCGCAACACUUGGCCGGACUGCUCCCAGACCUGCGACCUCCUUCCUGUUCGGGGGGGUCACCAACACCUCAGUGGAGAUCACCUGGAGCGGCCCCGUGGGUUCCGACUACGACGACUUCGACCUGCAGUGGACUCCUGGAGACCGGCUGUCCGUCAUCAACCCAUACCACAGUCGCUCCGCUUGCAGCCGCAUCCUGAGGGGGCUGUUCCCCGGACGACUCUACACCUUCAGCCUCCGCACUGUCAGUGGGGCCACGGGGCCCGGGGCUACACCAACCUACAGCACACCCAUCCACAACAGCAUCCGAACCA